GGCACUUAUAACAAUAAACGGCCCACUUCAUCAGAGAUACUCGUGGAAAUUUGGCCCAGAUUCUCGAACACCCCGAGAAGACAAGACUAGGAGUAGGGCACGUGUAACUUACAGACCUUUCCUACGGCCGACUCGCGGAGGGAAAGUGACUCUUUUCGCGGGCAAGCCAGACUUGCAAACAACCCAUACAACUCCACGAGAUACCGUCGUAAGCCAACACGUUCUCACCCAUACAAAAAGAAGAAGAAAAGCAGAUCUCACGUUCAACACCUAGUGGUUGCAAAUCUCCACCGAGGACGAGCCACUGACAUCUCUCACACCAUAUCAACAAAACACUCGCCUCACUUCACCUCACCUCACCUCAUCUCACAACCUGCCUCCCCACACCCCACCACAACCACAUCCAACAAAACACCCAGGCAGAGGAGACCAUGCAAACCGCACCCGACAGUCCCGACCACCCCCCAACCAGCGAGAACUGGACCCCAGCAUACGUGAUCGUCGGCCUCGUCCCCCUCGUCUUCGCCGCCGUCGCCACGGCCUCGGUCCUGCUGACGAAGCGGCGGCGGAGGAGGCGGCUCCAGCAACUCCAGCAGCAGCAGCAGCAGCAGAACGGCCAGCAGGGGGGCGACGUCGAGCUGGCCCACCUGCGCCGCCACGAGCGCGUCUGGUUCCCCUGGCGCGAGGCCGUUGCCCAGACCGAGGAGCUGUUCCCACCCCCCCCUGCGAACGAGACCGCUGCCGCUGCUGCCGUGCCGGGGGCGGAUGGUGGUACUGCCGCCAUCACCCCCCCGCGGCCCUCAGCGCCGCCGGCGGUCGCGGCGCCGAGUAGGGUUUUCGGGACGACGCGGCAUGGAAGGAAGCUAGGGAGUACAUUGGCGGGAGGGAGCCGAGGUCGCGGAGCCGGAGCCGCUGCAGGAGCCACAACCGGAGCCGGAGGGAGCAGCGCGGUAUCCGGGACAGAAGGCGGGCAGGGCCAGCGCAGGGUGGGCAACCCGUUUGCGCCGCCGAAGCCGAGCCCGCCGAAGCCGAGAGCGGUGUCGCCCGGGCCGUUCUGCCACGGGUACGGCGCGCGUAGGGCGAGCGACACCAGGACGGAGUGGAGCGACGCCGAGGGGAUGGAGGAGGUGGACUUGGGGCACCGCGUCUCGCCGGAGGAGAGGGAGAAGCAGGAGCGGGAGAGGGAGCGGGAGGUGUGGAAGGAGCGAAUCAGGGGAUUGACCCGUGACGACGAUAUCGUGCUCCGUGGGCAACAUAACACCACAAAGGGGCAGACCCCGGAGCGGACCCCGAGGCGCGGCCUUGCGAAAUACCUCCCAUGUAUUGGGUUGUGA